AGCGGUUUGGGUGUGAGGCCCCUCCCUCCCUGACCGCCUUCCGUGGCAGCGGGCAAGGGGCUGGGAGGGCCGGCGCUGCCAUGCGAUUUCGGGCUAAGAUUGUGGAUCUCGCCUGCCUGAAUCACUUCAGCCGUGAGUAUAAUUAACACAAUCGCCAAGUUAGCCAAGACCUGCAUCCUGCGCCUUACCGUCUGCAAGCUGUAUUUCAUCCUCUCCGAUAAAGUAGCAAAUGGAGGCGCCAGUAUGUGGUGUGAGCUGAGCCAGGGGAACUUCUUUGAUGAAUUUCAGAUGGAAGGAGUAGCUGCAGAGCACAAUGAAAUCUAUUUCGAGUUUGUGCCUGAGAACCUGUGGAGAGCAUUAAAAACUGCCCAGAGUGCUAAGGCAGUGAAGAUCAAGUUGACUAAUAAACACUGUCCCUGUCUCAGAGUUGCUGUGGAGCUACCAUCCUUAUCAAGCAGCAGCAGGAUUGUGACACAUGACAUUCCUGUGGGAGUUAUUCCCAGAAGAAUGUGGAAUGACUUCAGAGAGCCCAGUGUGCCAGACUUUGAUGUCAGUAUUUACCUACCAGUGCUGAAAACAAUGAAGAGUGUUGUGGAAAGGAUGAAGAAUCUCAGCAAUUUCAUUGUGAUUGAAGCAAACUUGAGUGGUGAAAUGAACUUGAAAAUAGAAACUGACUUAGUAUCAGUAACAACACAUUUUAAAGACCUGGGAAAUCCUCCCUGGGCAUCAGAGGAUGGAUGUCAAAGUUCUGCUCAGGGCAGAGAUCUGGAAAGUAUGGCUGAAGCAUGCAUAGACAUCAAGAAGCUGCAGCAGCUGCUUGCUGGACAGCAGGUCAAUCCUACAAAAGCAUUGUGCAAUAUUGUACGUAAGAGAAUUGUCCAUUUCAUCUUGCUCCAUGAGGAGGUCUCACUUCAGUAUUUUAUUCCAGCAAUUGCCUGAGUGUUUUGGAAUCUUGGUCAUUUUCCAACCUGAGGCCUCUUUCAUGAAGUCUGAAAUCUUUCCGGAGUUGCUGGAGUAUUUUGAUGUGAGACACUGUUAGACGCAUCCAUCAGAUGGACAUUAUUUCAAUAUUUAUGAAAGCGUUCAAAAUACCUCCUCAUCCAGACAGCCAUGUUUGUGAAUAGUUAUAUGCUAUGAAAGACACAAUGCUGGGGAGCGUUGGUAUAUCUUACUCUUAGGAGGAGCAAAACUGAAAUUUGUCUUAGCCACAGCUCAAAACAUCCCAAAAGCACACUGAAUUAAAUACUUCAGUCUUCUCAAAAAACUAAAGGUAGAAUUCACCUCUGGAGCUGCUGUUGUGUGUAUUCAGUAUUGAGAAAUGCAAUCCUAGUUAAGGGAUCUCUGAGCAAGCUGUCAUACCUCCAUGAAACAGGAGAACCUUCUGGAGGGUUGCCUGAUUGGUAUUUGCCUGGACAAGUAUGCACAGCCCUCCUGAAGUCGUAUGGACUUGAAUUCUGUUCUAGCAGGAGUGUUUUGACUCGUGCUUACUCUUUGUUUAACUCUUGGCCUGGGAGGAUGAGCAAAACAGUCUGGAUUACUUUGUUAAUGUGGGCAGUGAAAAUCACUAUGUACAGAAUGAAUAUCAUAUGAGGACACGUGUGAGCACAGCAAUUGGUGUGAAAUAAAGAGCCAGUUAUCUGUGGAUCACA